CGAGUGGGAGGACGGGACGGGGCGGGGCGAGCGACAGAGGACCGCGUCGCCAAGGUCCAAGCCCGAGGCCCGGCAGAGCUGCGGCCGCCCGGUGCCCAGGUCAGGGAAGACCUGCCUAACACGCUGCUCUAGACCCUGGUGAGAGGGGAGGAGGAGUCUUUCUCGGAUCUUCUGCUACCGCUACCGCUCACCGCCACCGUCAUCCCCUACCACUCCCAGGCCUGGGAGCAUAGCUCCCUGUUGCUGCCAUGGUCAACAUCAACGAGCUGCCAGAGAACAUUCUACUGGAGCUGUUCACCCACAUCCCCGCCCGCCAGCUGCUGUGGAACUGCCGCCCGGUCUGCAGCCUCUGGCGAGACCUCAUCGACGUGGUGACGCUCUGGAAGCGCAAGAGCCUGCGAGAGGGUUUCAUCACCAAAGACUGGGACCAGCCGGUGGCUGACUGGAAGAUCUUCUACUUCCUGUGCAGCCUGCAAAGGAACCUCCUUCGAAACCCAUGUGCUGAAGAGGACAUGAGGUCAUGGCAGAUAGACUACAACGAGGGCGAUGAGUGGAAGGUGGAGAGCCUCCCUGGGGAACACGGCAGAGACUUUCCUGACCCCAAGGUCAAGAAGUAUUUUGUCACCUCUUACGGCAUGUGCCUCAAGUCCCAGAUGGUGGACCUCAAAGCUGAGGGCUACUGGGAGGAGCUGAUGGACACCUUCCGGCCCGACAUUGUGGUCAAGGACUGGUUCGCCCCCAGAGCGGACUGUGGCUGCACCUAUCACCUCCGGGUACAUCUGACCUCAGCUGACCACAUCGUCUUGGCCUCCUUUGAGCCCCAACCUGUGACCAUCGAACAGUGGAAUGAUGCCACGUGGAGGGAGGUCUCUCACACCUUCUCUGACUACCCUCCAGGCGUCCGACACAUCCUUUUUCAACACGGGGGCCAGGACACCCAGUUCUGGAAAGGCUGGUACGGCCCCCGCGUCACCAACAGCAGCAUCAUAAUCAGCCACAGGACGGCCAAGAACCCCGCCCCUGCCAGAGCUCUGCCGGAAAACACUGUAGUAAUAGGAGGAAGAUACCCCCCAACUUUGGCUCCAGAAACCCUAAUGGUAGACUUUCUCUGAGAGCCAUCUGCCCCCCUCCGCUGGGGUCUGCUUUGCAAAGCAAAGUCUGGCAAGAGUUUAGUGGGCAGUCAGGUCCCCCAUCCCAUGAGCACCUGCCCUACGACCUCCAGCAAACCCAUCAACUCAGCAGUGAUUUACAGUCACAGAGCUUUGACAUUUUGUUGUAAUAAAUGUUUUCAGUAA